AUGAUAGACCCAGCCAGCCUGGCAUCGCCGCCGUAUAUUUCCCCGUCUCCGUCUCCAUAUCCGCCGCCGCUCAAUUCAGACACCGUUGCUUCAGAUCUAAGCAUUCUCUUCAAUUCAUUCCCCGUACCGAAACUCGUUUUCGAUAUAGUGACGCUUUCGUUCAUCGCCGGCCUCCUCCUCCUCUGCCUCAUCGCCUCCGCCUUCAUAAUCCAAAUCCAAAUUAAAUCGCGCCGGGCCCACCACUUGCAGGAGUUCAAUUCCCUCUGGAUUCUCCGAUCACUCCUCGUCUCCUUAGCCUCGCUUUGGGCGGUCAACGAAAUCCUGCGUCUGCCGUUGCUAGGGAAAAGACACAUUUACCCCUUUCUCCCUUCCAUAACGUUGCAGCAGCAGGACAAUUUCUGUAAAAUCCACGCCGUUCUCUCUCUAGGGUUCUUCGAACCGGGUUUCUUAAUCACCCUCCUUUUUUUGGUCAACGUUUCGAUAAAGAAGAGAAACCCCCGUCAAACGAGGUCUCUCGUAACUGUAUUUAUCCUUUCCUCUCCGAUGAUGUUGUCGAAUAUAUUUUUCGUGUACUUCUCUCCGUUCGAGGCGCAGAUGCCGAAAUUCAUGCAUGGGAGCUCCGUUCUCUCGGCGGAUAAAUUGGGCAACAGGAUGGUGCUCUGCACGUACCCGUUUUUCAGCUUCCUGAUAUUUGCGGCGUUCACGGCGGUCUACGCGGUGGCUUUCCUGUUUUCGUGCUGGCGGGUGAUGGCGGUGGUGAUCAAUAAGCAGAUUGGGAACCGGAUCAACGCGCUGGCCUCCGCCGUGAUGGUGGCGCUGCCGGUGCAGAUCGUCUGCCUCAGCCUGUCGUGGCUGUGGAUGCCUGAGAACGUUGUGUACGGGUGCCUGGUGCUCGCCGUUUUCCUCUGCAUCGCAGGUUCCAUGGCGGUCGGGAUUUUUCUCUUGGUGGUUAAGCCCAUCAGGGAGGCGCUGGAGACCGGCGGAAAUUGUUGCCGGUGGAAUUUGAACGGUUCCUUGCGGCGGCCGGCGGGAGACGGGGAAGAGGGAGCCGGUAUUCAGUAA